GCAACUAGCAGUCGCACUGUCUGCGACUAAAAUGAAGGUUUUGCAACGACACCAUUUAAAGCGCGGAAGCAGACUUCGUUCUGCCCCCGUUCAAAGUUCAGUCCGUCUUUUAUUCCCACUAGCCAUGAGAGGUCCUGAAGCGAAGCUUUUGUGAGAGAGAGAGUAGAGUAUGAUUGUGAUUAAGCGGCUAAAGGAGCAGACCAAAUCCCUUCACAGCUUUAAAUUUCUGCCCAAAUGCUUCACUUUCUCGUCAACCAAACAUCCCUACAAUGUCAACACCCACAACAAUCCUUCCUCAAACCCACAACUCCAUCAAAAUCCUCCUCUCAAAAUCGCCCCUGCUAGAUACAGUAUUCCUUCGCAAAAGGCUCAUCUGUACGCGUCUUUCUUCUCCACCCUUAUACAGCUCUACUUGUCCUGCGGUAGGUUCUCCAAAGCCACUGAGACAUUCGUUACCAUGAGAGACUACAAUAUUGUUCCGAAUUUACUCAUUUGGAACCGACUUAUGUUCAAUUUCAAUGCUUUUGGCUUGGUCUCUCAGGUACAGGUUCUUUAUGCUGAGAUGCUGUUGUGUGGGAUACUGCCAAACGUUUUCACUCACAAUGUAUUGGUUCAUUCUUUUUGUAAAAUGGGUGAUUUGAGUUUAGCAUUAGAUUUUCUUAGAAAAGUUGAUAUUGAUAUUGAUAUCGACACUGUUACAUAUAAUACAGUUAUUUGGGGGUUUUGUGAACUAGGAUUGGCUUAUGAGGCUUUUGGAUUGUCGUCAAUUAUGGCAAAGAAGGGUAUAGGCAUUGAUUCUUUCACUUGUAAUACAUUGGUGAUGGGGUUUUGUAAAAUUGGGCUGGUUAAAUAUGCGGAAUGGCUUAGGAAUAAUUUGGUUGAUGGAGGGAUUUGUAGUGAUGUUAUAGGUUUUAACAUUUUGAUAGAUGGGUUUUGCAAAGCAGGGGAUUUGAGUUAUGCUGUUGCAUUGAUGGAAGAUAUGAAGAGGGAGGGUCUGGUGCCUAAUAUAGUUACUUAUAAUACUUUGAUUGGUGGAUUUUGCAAGAAGGGUGAUUUUAUCAAGGCUAAGGAUCUGAUUAAUGAGAUUAUGGGUUCUCAGAAGAAAACGAGAUGUAGUGAUACUGAUAUGCAGAGAAGGAAUACUGUGAAUGGUAGCGUAGAUUUAGAGCCAAAUCUUAUCACGCACACAACCCUUAUUAGUGCAUACUGUAAGCUGGAAGGGCUUGAGGAAGCACUUUCUUUAUACGAGGAGAUGGUUGCAAAUGGGUUCAUGCCCGAUGUUGUCACAUAUAGUGCCAUCAUUAAUGGCCUUUGCAAGCAUCAAAGGUUAACAGAAGCAGAAGUGCUCUUUAAGGAGAUGGAGAAUGUGGAUGUGAAUCCCAAUCAUGUCACCUAUGGUACUCUUGUGGAUUCAUUAUUCAAGUCAAGACGACCCAUGGAAGCUCUUGCUCUUCAAAGUCAAAUGAUAGUUCGUGGAAUUUCAUUUGAUGUGGCAUUGUACACUGUUCUGAUGGAUGGGUUGUUUAGGACUGGAAUGCCCAGAGAAGCAGAGGACACAUUCAGGAUGCUUCCAAAGCUGAAUAUGGAGCCGAAUUCUAUCACUUACUCUGUGUUAAUUGAUGGACUUUGCAAGUCUGGGGACAUGAAAGGUUCUGAAUCUGCUUUGCAAGAAAUGGAGAAGAAAUUUUCUGGUAAUAUGAUAUCCUAUUCUUGUAUUAUAGAUGGUUUUACGAAGAAAGGAAUGCUUGAUGAAGCUGUUUUUGUGUUGAGGAAGAUGGUGCGCCAAAAUAUCAAGCCAAAUGUUUUUGUUUAUGCUACAUUAAUUGAUGCCCAUUUCAAGGCAGGUAAAGAACAAGUUGCUCUGAAUCUUUAUGACGAAAUGAAAUUGAUUGGAUUAGAGGAAAACAGUGUUGUAGUUGAUGUGUUUAUUAAUCACUUAAAAAGAUGUGGAAGGAUGGAGGAAGCUGAGAAAUUAGUUAAUGAUAAGAUAUCUGGAGGCUUCUUGCCUGAUCGAGUUAAUUACACAUCUCUGAUGGAUGGCCUCUUCAAAUUUGGGAAAGAGUCAGCUGCUCUUAACUUGGCCCAAGAAAUGAUGGAGAAAAAUAUACCUCUUGAUGUUGUGGCAUACAAUGUCUUAAUUAAUGGUCUUUCAAGGCUUGGCAAAUAUGACGUCAAAGCUGUUUAUAGUGAAAUGAGAGAAUUGGGCUUGGUUCCAGACUGUGCAACGUAUAACACCAUGAUUAGAGUGUACUGCAGACAGGGUAACUUCGAGAAUGCUUGUCAAAUCUGGAAGGAGAUGAGAAGUCAUGGGGUGAUGCCAAAUUCAAUCACGUGUGACAUUCUGGUGGCUGGCCUUUCUCAAGCAGGCGAGAUUGAAAAGGCAAUGGAUAUUCUGAAUGAAAUGUUGGGGGUCGGGUUUAAUCCUACCUCUACCAUGCAUAGACUUCUACUUGAUGCAUCUUCAAAAGGUGGACGAGGUGAUGAGAUUUUGCAAAUGCAUGAAUGGCUUGUGGGCAUGGGACUCGAGGUCAGUUUGACAGAAUAUAACCAUCUCAUCACAAUCUUAUGCAAGCUGGGUAUGACAAAAAAAGCCGUUUCAGUAUUAGAAGACAUGGAAAGAAAGGGAAUUUUACCUGAUACUAAUACUUACAAUGCCUUUAUACUUGGAUACUGUAAAGGCACCCACAUAAAGAAGGCUUUUGAAACAUACUCUCAGAUGUUAAGCAAAGGAGUUGAGCCCAAUAUUGCAACUUACAACCUUCUCCUUGGUGGUCUCUCUUCAGCUGGUUUGAUGAAAGAUGCGGGCGGGUUAUUAGAUGAAAUGAAGGAAAGGGGCUUGUAUCCUGAUGCUUCCAUUUAUGCUACUUUGAUUUCCAGCCAUGGUAAGAUUGGAAAUAAAAAGGAAUCUAUAAAACUUUACUGUGAAAUGAUUACCAAAGGCUUUGUUCCCAAAACAGGCACAUACAAUGUCCUUAUCAGUGAGUUUGCCAACUCGGGAAUGAUGAACCAAGCCGUGGAGCUUCUUAAUGAAAUGCAAGCAAGAGGGAGACAACCUAAUUCUUCAACUUACGAUAUCCUAAUUGGUGGCUGGUGUGAUUUAUCUAAGCAAGCAGAGCUUGAUAGGACACUAAAAAAGUCAUAUCAGGCUGAGGCAAAAAGAUUAUUUGUAGAGAUGAAUGACAAAGGCUUUGUUCCAUGUCAGAGUACUCUUUCUACUAUAACUUAUACCUUUGCUAGACCAGGAAAGAUAUUUGAUGCGCAGAUGCUGUUGAACAAACUGUACACGAGAAAGAAGACUUAGAACUGAAAUUAAAAUAGAGAAACACUCUAUUCUGAAAUUGCCAGCCUUCAUAGUCCUUAAAAUGUACAUGCAUGGUGUCAAUCCAGUGCUACAUCUGGGUUUGUGUCCUUGAUUGCUUCACUUAUGGGGCACACUACUACUGCAUUGGUAUUGGUUUGAGGAAUUGAAUGGUGUAUAUUGGCAUGGGUAGGCCGGAUUUAAUUCCUUGUUGGCCAACAUACUCCCAUACAUGAGGACACAAGGGAAAACAGUGUAGAAAGCUGGUCUGAGGACACCAAUGAGAGAAAGGAAGGUUGUAAGGGAUAAGUACCCAAGGUAGGUGCAAGUACAUAUCGAGCUGAUAUUGGUGUACUUUGAUUUCUACUUGGAAAUGGGGAUUCGAAAUCGAAUAUGGAGGAGCCGGGAGCGCUUCCAAGCUUGAACUCUGAUGACAAGAUUCAACUUCAAGUGAGGUAAAUUUUAAAAUACCAAAAUUUCCUCUGUUACUAUGCUACAGGGAUUAUUAUGCAAAAGUAGUCUGUAGUCCACCCAAGCCACGUCCGGACUAGAGUAGAGAGAGCAGUUCAAAACCUGAUCAAGCUGAAGAAUUUGUGCAUGGUGCAGAGUUAGUAAGGAGGUGCCGGAGUUUUAGACUUUUUAGUAGUCGAUCCUUGUAGUUGCUACAUGUUUUUGUUAAUCUAGUUAUUUCCUUUGAUAUUCAUCUUUCUAAAGGGGGAGUUCAUGUUGAUAAAAACAUAUUAUAUUUGUUAAUGAAGCUUUUGAUUGAACUCA